UGAUUUGAACGCCAGUCGGUUGGUGUGUGAGAUGCGGAGAACACCGCAGGAACACUUUCUCCGAUUUCAAACGUAAAAAUGCCUUCAAAUUUUCCGAAACAAAUCAAAACGGCUGCAGCAGAAGCGAAGAAAUUCCUAAGGGUACAGGAUCCCGACCUGGGUCGGCUACAUCCAGGAUGACAGUAGAAGGAGUUGUGACUGGUGUUACUGUUGCAGCUCUGCAGGAGUUUGAUACCGGUCACUACUCACCUGAAGGUCAGAAUGAGAAGAGCUCAAGGCCUCCAUCAGGAAAACCUGGUUCUCGUCCUCAGUCUGGGCGCCCAACUAGUGUCAAGUCUGGAUCAAAGGCUGGUUCAAGGCCAACUUCUGCAGCCUCUAAGCCAGCAUCCCGUCCUACAUCUGCUGCUCAGGAUCAGGGCUCUCAGAAAGCUGGGUCUGUAGCCAGUGGCAGUCACAGAGGUUCUGCUGAGAGGCUAGCAUCAGGUGCCGGGACUCCAGGAGGAAGCCGAACCGGAAGUAUGGAGAGAUUACCAUCGACCACUGGCAGUGUGAGAGGUUCUGGGUCUGGUACACCAGAGAAACCGGCUUCAGUUGCAGGCAGCGAGAGAAGAUCAGCAGCAGGUACACCAGAGAAAGCCCAAUCUGCUGCCGGUAGUCGUAGGAGUUCUGCUGGGCGACCUGCGUCUGCUGCUGGAUCUGCCCAGGGAAGACCAAUGUCUGCAGCGUCCAAGGGUAGUGUUGGAUCCAAGAAGUCAGGGUCUGCUGCGUCUCAGCGUGGUGAGGAAGCCCCAGCUGGUUCAAGACCUGUAUCGGCUACUUCAGAAGCCGCAGUUGAACCUACUGGAUCACCAGCUAGCAGGUCUGCAAUGUCCGCAAAGUCUGUUAGAUCAGGUGGAUCAGGUCGACUUGGAUCUGGUAAACCUUCAUCCCAGCAAGGAGAUUGGCCAGUGGAGCAGGAGGCCCCUGGUGGACAAGAACCUGAGGAUGAACAAGAUGACUUUGAACCUCCUGCUGAGCCAGACUACCCGAUCCAAGACAUGGUGCCAUCAGGUGACCCUGGUGAUGGUGGUGGUGACAGUGAUGGCGGCGACAGCGGUGAUGAUGGUGGAGAUUACGGUGAUGAAGGAGAAGAAGAAGAAGAGAGUGAUGAUGGAGAGUCUGAGCUGGUCGUCCUUGACCCAGAUCAUCCACUCAUGAGAAGAUUCCAAGGGGCUUUGAAGAAACAUCUCUACAAGCAACAGGAGAAAGUCACGCUUGAACUAAGGGAAUUGGUUGAGGCUUUGACUAAAAAGAGGAAAGAACGAGAAGAUACUGGCGUUGACCUUUAUGGCGUCCAACAGGAACUUGCUCGCUACCAGAUGACCCUGGAGGGCAAACACGAUGAGUACACCUCUGUCAAUCAGCAGAAAAACCAAGAGGAGCAACAGCUAGCUGAAGUGCGCAGCAUGUACAAACAGACACAGGGUCACUUCAACAGUGAGAAAAAGAAAACUGCCGAACUUCAACAAGAAGUCGAGAACCUGAACUUGCGUAUCUUCUACAUGCAUAAUGCGAAAGAAGAUGUGCGAUCAGAUAUCGCUGUGAUGAGAAGAGCUGCGGAGAAAGCUGAAACAGAAGUUGCUAAGUCUGAAAUUCAGAAACAAAAACAGGACUUGUUUGUAGAUCGUCUGGUCGAGAGAGUGGACAAGUUGAAGGAGGAGAUCGCCAUGUAUGACGCUCAGAUCACUGCCCAGUCGGAGGAGACCAAGGUUGCCAAGGAAACGUUGAUGGAGGCUCAAACUGAGAUUGAAGCGAUUAAUCUUGAGAAGAAGCAGCUGUUCCAGCAGUGGUCGAGCAGUCUGAUCGGUAUGAGGAGAAGAGAUGAAGCUCAUGCUGCUAUGAAUGAAGCACUCAACCAACAACAACAGAUGAUCCUUUCACUUGAGACAGAGAUUGACGGCUUCAAAAGACAAAUCGGGAAAGAGCAAGAACAGAACGAGAAGCUGACUCUGAUCCUGAAUAAGACGGAGGUCGACAUCGCCAUGGUGAAAAAGCUGCUGGCACAGGUCCAGGCAAAGCACGAGGCUUUGAAAGCCGAGUAUGCAACUUAUACCAGGAUGCUGCACGAGACAGAGCAGGCACUCAACAGAGCCAUGACAGAUAAACAACUUCGUGAGAAUGAAGUGAAUGCCCUCCGCAAGCAGAUUGAGCGAGAAUACCUGGAGAAAGUCAAACUCGAGGAUGAGAUAAUGGAAAAGAUCCGGUCUCAGCUGACUAUGGAGAAAGCUGCUAUCUACACUGAUAAACUCACAGGAAAGAUGAGAGGUCGAACCAAAGAAUUGGAAGCCCAAGUAGCCCAAGUCGAGAAUGAAAUUUCGCGAUAUGCUCUUGACGUUUCGAACACUAAGUCAAGAAUUGAACGUCUUGUCAAGAUCUUUGACGGCCUGGAUGAUGAGAUUCGAGUGAAGAACGAGAGUAUUACGAAAAGUGAGAAUGAGAUUGUCAGGAGGAACGCCAUCAUUGAGAGAAAGCAAGGCAUCAUUGACCAGUUCAAUAAGAAGUUGGAGCAGAUGAUUACAAGUGCGGGGGGUGUAGAGGUCGGUCCAUUGGAAAUCCAGAUCAACUCGCUCCAGAAGUCUAUCGAUGCACGUUUAUCAGACAUCGGGGAGCUGCAGCAGAUGUGGCUUCGUGAGCAGAGCGAGUUGGUGAAACUGAGCAAGGAGAAGGACGUCCAGUCGACAGACGUGGAGAGACUCAAGAAACAGCUCACGAUCAUCUCGCAGAAAAAGAUCAGAAUUGAAUGUGAAAUUGACAGCCAGAGGAAUGAGAUGGCAUGUAUUGAGCGCAACAUCCGUAACAUGCAGAAUGACAUGUUGAAACUGAACAUGCUGCUUCACAAGGAGGCUGGAGUCAACCACGAUCUACAGCAGGAGAACAUCCUGACCGAGACUGACUUUAUUCAGUCCCUGAAGGAAGCAGAGAAGGGAUCAAUCGAGAUGCAGGCCCGCCUUGAGGAGCUCUCGGAAGAAAAGGAGAGAUUAUUGAACAGCUUGAUUGAGGCCGAGCGCCAAAUCAUGCUCUGGGAGAAAAAAACUCAGCUUGCCCAAGAGACGCGUGCAGCUGUUGACUCUGAGGUCGGCCAGGGAGAGGUGCGGGCCAUGAAGGCAGAGAUCCAUCGUAUGCAAGUCCGCUAUGCCCAGCUGAUGAGGCAGCAGGAGAAGAUGAUACAAGAGAUGGAGAAGGCCGUAUCUCGACGAGACACCAUCGUCACUCGAGGUGAUGCCCAAACAAAAAUGAACAAAAAAGUCAUUACAAAGGGAACAUUCCAGAGACAGCUUGCAGAGACCAAAAAGAAAAUUAAAAAUACAAUCCAGGAUGCUAACAGCAGCGAUGCUGACAUCAAAGAUCUCCGCGAACAUCAACAGACAUUGAGCAUGGAACUUGAAGAGAGACAGGUCAAUUGUAAUCAACUGCAGAGCAGUGCAGACACUCUCGAUGGAGAUGUGGAGAGGCUCAUGGAACAGAAGCAAAAGAAUAUGAGCGAGAUCAUAUCCAAGCAACAGAAGGCGAAAUAUUACCAGCAAGUCAAGGACGGUAAAUACAUUCGCUUGUGCAAAACUGAUGCUGGUCUCGAUACCGAAACCACCAAGCAGACAGACAGAAUGUAUACUCUCAGUACGAUCGUGGACAAGCUGAACCAGGAAUAUCCACACAUCCAGACCUCGCUGCGGAAGGUUUCCGUGGCACUCGCAUCACGUGGAGUUGCUGAGGAUACCUCAUAAAAAACAGACUCUUGCAAAAAAUUGACUUUAUAUCAAUAGCGUCCUAUCUUUAAAAUAAAAACCUUCAUAUUUUUCUCAGUUUUAAUUCUGAGUUUGUUUUGAAAUGCUACUCAAAAAUUUAAAAGAUUGGAUAUAAAAAUCUUCCAAAAGAGUCGGGGUAACAAACAGCUUGACAAAUUUAUGAAGGUUUUUUGAAAUCAAUUGUUCAAGAUCUUGUUUGUUGUGAUGUACUGUACCUCUAACAGAGAAAAAUAAAGUAACCAUCCAUGUUGUGUGAAUAUCUGUGAUAACAUUAUGGAAAUUUCAAUGUUGACAAGGGACUUCCCUUCAAGCUUUGUUGGAACAUUUCGUGAAAUAGAAGAUAAGGCAUUGACACCCAUGUUCUGUCAAGAUGUUAUGCACGUAGACCUGUCUGUUGUACAUGUCUGAGAUCCAUCCGAGAUUUUCAAGUGAAAUUAUUCAGGUGUGCCGUCCAGUGCUACAAUGCAGCAUCAUGUAGUGUGCACUACUGUUUCUACCAUUUACAUGUUCUGCAAAACACCUCAGACAUACUAUUGUACUUUUUAUUGCUUUAUGAAUUGUUUGUGAACCAUUGUAGAUAUUGAUGUAUUUAUGUAUAUUAAAGUGUUUCACACACUUUGUACUCCA